CCGAGCCGCUGCCAGGCGGUGCGGAAGCUGCAGCGGCCACGCUCGCAGGAUGUUUGCCGCGCGUGGAGCGCUUCUGUUCAGCGCUAUUCUGUCGUUAGCCGUCUGUCAAGACCCCUACAUUAACCAACCCCGGUUGGUGAGUCGGGAUGGCCAUCUGGAGAUCCGCCCGGCCCUCCACCGCAACGUCACCAUUCUGACCUCGGGUUCUGGCCGGGUCAACAUCAACCAAGUGGACCUCAACGACCUGGUCGACCGGGCGACGCACGGUCUGUCGCCGGUGUCCGGCGGCGGCGGUGCCCCCUCGGAGCGGCUGCUUCAGCUGGAACGGGCCGUCCGGCAGCUGCAGGACCGGCAGCCGGUGGCCCCCGGACAAGCCGCAAACAACGCGCCCCUCGCCACCAGGGUACGAGUUCUUGAGGAAGGCCUACAGAGACUGAUAGAGCAGCUGCAGUUAAACGAGUGCGCCAGCAAUCCGUGUCAGAACGGCGCCACGUGCGUGGACCGGUACGGCGCCUUCGAGUGCCAGUGCCCGCCCAAUUGGCAGGGCACCACAUGUGAAGUGGACGUGGACGAGUGCAGCGAGCUGUCCGGCACGGAUCUGGGCUGUCAGAACGGCGCCACGUGCAGCAACACGGCCGGCGCAUUCAGCUGCCAGUGCCCGUCAGGCUGGUACGGCCAGCGCUGCACCGAGCGCUCCAGCAACUGCAGCAGUGCCAACGAGCGCCAGCUCUGCGGCCACGGCACCUGCGUCAGCCAGGCCGACGGCCACAAGUGCAUCUGCGAACAGGGCUGGCGGCGUGCCUCGGGCAGUGACAGCGCGGCCUGCACGGAGGACGUGAACGAGUGCGCCGACAGCCGACCGGCCUGCUCCCACGAUCCGCCCGUGCCCUGCAUCAACACGCCCGGCUCCUUCCGCUGCGGGGCCUGUCCGGCAGGUUACACGGGCAAUGGUUUUUCCUGCACGGAUGUGGACGAGUGCCUGCAGUACAAUGGUGGCUGCAGCAUGAAUCCAAUGGUGGACUGCUUUAACACAAGGGGCUGGCGACGAUGUGGGGCGUGCCCAGCCGGUUACCAAGGCAACGGAGUGGUCUGCCGCGUAGCAGCGGGCGGGAUCUGCGGUGUCGGUAACGGCGGAUGCCACCCUCUCGCCCAGUGUUACCACAACCCAGCGAUAUCGGCCAGUCAUGUGCAGUGCACUUGUCCGUCGGGGUACGCCGGCUCGGGGCUGGGCCCGGCCGGCUGCGUUACCCGUGCCCGCUGUGACAUGGACGUUAAUGAGUGUCAGAGCUCGCCGUGCCAGAACGGUGCCACCUGCUCCAACACGGUCGGCUCGUUCGCCUGCACGUGCAGCGGCGACUAUACGGGCCCGCUCUGCCAGACCCGUCAGCAGGCGUGCGGGGGCGCGCUGGACAGCCCCGGCGCCCUCUCCUUCCCACACAUGGGCGUCACCUAUCCGCACGAGGUCAGUUGCGCCUGGCUGAUCCGCGCGCCGCCUGACAAGGUGCUCAACGUCACCUUCACGCGCUUCCAGCUGGAGCCCUCCAGCGGCAGCUGCCGCUACGACUGGCUCCAGGUGAUAUUUUUAUGCAGAGCGGGAGCGGGUACAGCGGCCAUGCUGCUUUGCAAUAUUCCCCACCGAGGCUGCUGA